AUGGCUUCCACCAGCCCCGGAGGAGACGGCGAGGGCGGGCCUAUCUUCGACAGUUUGGCCAAAUUCUAUGUAUCUGUGGCCAUAAUCUGGACGACUGCCCUCCUUAUCGGCUCCGCCUUUCUCAUUGCCAAUCGUCAAGAGCAAUGCAUUCGCAUUCGCAACCUGUUUCUCGCGCUGAGCGCGGUCUCGUUUCUCCAUGUCUACUGGAUUCUGUGCAUGGUCGCAUAUUCGAUGGGUGACAAGUACCCCUGUGUCGCAGAAUACUGGAUCAUGAGCAUCUAUCUGCCUUUGGGGAUCGCUCUUUUUCAAGCAAACAGCAUGCAGCUCCUGAGCGUCUUUGGCAUUCAGGAGAAGUUGCUCUUAGCCGCGCAGCAACCAUACAGACCCCGCUUCAUGGAUCGUGCAAAAUCCUCUAGACGAUCCCUGUUCCAAUGGAAACAGUUGACGCUCGUCCAAAAAACGGAACUGGGCAUUGUUGUUGGAAUGUUGGUUCAACUGUUUCUGUCGCUCUCUAUCUUCCUCACCUCUCGGAAGUUUCAAACCUUUGGCACCUUCUCCAAACAUGUGAAUUCUGCUGAAUGUCGGCGAGGUCCUGAAUGGGUUCCUUCGAUUCUGUGGCAAUUGUUCUGGUCUUGGAUAUUUGCGCCAUACGUUCUUUGGAAGAUUCGUAACAUCCACGACAUACACCACUGGCGGCUUCAGAUCACCUGCUGCGUCAUCGCCGCUUUACCAGGUUCGCCCAUGUGGUUCGCCGCACUGUAUUCGUCAACCGAAAUCUGGGCAGAUAUCAAUAGAUACUGGGUGCCGGCUCUCUGGUUUGCUCCUGGUAUUAUGACAAUGGAGGCUGUUACUAUCUUCUUUCCGUGUUAUGAGCUUGUCGUCUCUAGGAGACUGAGGAAUCGUAUCCUUGGGGAGCUCCAGUCAUGGAAUGACAAGAAGGCAGCUGGCGCGGACGAAUUGGAUUCAGCAGCCUCCCGAAGUCAAAGUGAAGUUAGCCGCAUGCCUGAAGGCUAUUCACGAAAAGCCCUAGAGAGGUGCUUAGCAGAUGAUUCAAGCGCGCUUCUCCGAUUUGCCGCGGCCAAGGAAUUCAGCGGCGAGAAUAUCAUCUUCUUGAAUUACGUGCGUGACUGGAAAGCUGCCUGGGCGAAAAUCAGUGAAUCGAAGCCGGAUUACGAUUGGAACCGCGAUUCUCAGUACCACCGACUUCAUUUCUUCAAGAUCGCGGUCGAGAUAUAUGCCGCCUGUGUCGAUCUAAAAACGGCGGAAUUUCCCAUCAACAUCGAGUCCCAGAUUUACUCGGAUCUAACGGAAAUGUUUAGUGAAGCUGCCCAAUUUAUCGGCCAAUCUAUGUCAAGGGGAACUGAAACCCGCACAUACAGAAAUGUCCCUGAGUCUUACAUGGUGCCGUCACACAGAAAAAAGUUUUCUACUGUGAUAAACGUGGAGGAAGACACUCACGCUCUGUGUCUGGAUGCAUAUCCUCACGAGGGCCAGAGUAUCAUGCAUAUCGAGUCCCGUGUUCCGGAUCAUGUUAUCGUUCCUCCGAACUUCACCAUCCGUGCUUUCCACCAGGCCGAGAGGUCUAUCAAGAACCUGGUGUUCACAAAUACCUGGCCCAAGUUUAUUGAUUCUUCCAGCGAUUUGUCAAUUCAUUCUAAGUAA